AUGGGUCAGGUUCCUUCGAAUUUGCCCGUGACCGCGUGGGUCACUCUGCAUAUCAAUAAGAACCAUACGAUUGACUAUGAAUUUAGCGAAUUUGUCGAUUGCAAUUAUACAGCGCAAACGAAAUUUGAUAUGGUGGCGACAUUCGAUUCUAACCUGAAAUUAGUUAGAGGUUAUGUUGCCAAACAGCCGAUGGAAAUUGGACGCGUCGAAGCAUAUGUCGCGUCACCGAAGACCGUUAUCGGACCAUCGCGAUCCGCGGAAUAUCUGUGCAAAGUAGUGCCGAGCGAAAAUUGGCCACCGAUUGGUACUUCCGUAAUCAUUGGGGCAAAAAGAGUCGAUAUUGAAUUCUACUCGAUUAAGUCGCUGACAGUGAACCCAUCUAUCAAGUCGCUGAAUUCUGGACCGAACGGACAUUUGCGCACCGUGAUCCGGAAGCACCCGGAUUUUCCGGGAUUCUACUUCUCCGAAGCACUCAACUUAUUUGUUGAUGAUCCGAUCAAUUUGCUUGGCGAAUGGCUGUUUUCGGAGUAUUCGAAUAGCACGUUAGCGGUAACAAUUGCGUGUGGAAACCCGACGAAAAACGGCAAAGCGAGAUAUUACAUAUCGUCAAUUGUCGAUGAAAAAAAGUUGAAAAAGAUUGAAAAUAUUCGAAAUUGCGGAAAAAUGAUGUUCACGAAUGAGCUUGGAGUUGUUGUGAAUGCAAAUCGAAAGGUUCUCAUCAGCAAAUAUCCCCACUUGUUGGUUAAGAUUCCCACUGAUUUGCGGAGUAAUGAAAUCAAACUAGGUGAUGUUAUCAAAGUCGAUGGAAAAUUUGAUUGUGAAACUGAAAAGUGGGUGAUCACUGAUGUCCAGAAAGUGCGACCAAAUGAAGCUUUCGAGUACACGUUUGAUCAUGCGAAUGCGGCAAUCACUGGUCCAUUGUUCAAAAUCUCGAAAUUGGAUGAAUGUCACGAAAUGCCACAUAUGCUCAGACAUUCGAUCUUCGGUGUUGUCCAUCCACCAAAACGCUAUAUUGAAUUCAAGCUUCCACUGGAAAAACUAAGAAACGUAUGGAUUAGAGCAAUGCCGAUGUCGGAUGCACUCCGGUCGGUUUGUCCGUUCGAAGCAGUGUUUGACGAAGAUAUCCACAAACAAGUCUAUUUUCAAGAAACACACAAAGAAGAAUUUGUGGAGUUAGACAUUUUGAGGAAGUCGGGACAUGUGCAACGGUAA